AUGUCGUUAAACGAUGAUUUGGUUCAGCCUUCAAGUGACAGUUUUUGGGAGAUAGGAAAGUAUAUGCGAACAGUGAAACGAUGUGAUAACGGAUAUAAGUUAUGUGACCAACUCAAAGCUUUAGUAGAAUCAAGGAGUGAUAUAGAGAAAAGUUAUGCCAAAAAUCUAGCUCAGUGGUCCAAAAAAUGGAAUGACUUUCUGGAUAAAGGACCAGAAUAUGGUACAACCCAGGGAUCAUGGAGAAGUGUAUUAACAGAAGCUGAUAAUGUUUGUGAUAUUCACAAUGAAAUAGCUGAACGACUCAUGUCUGAAGUACAUCAAUCUAUUAAACAUUGGCAGAAAGAAAAUUACCAUAAAUCUAUGAUGCAUUUUAAAGAAACAAAAGAAUUAGAAGAUGGCUUCAGAAAGGCACAGAAACCAUGGGGUAAAAAGCUAGGUAAAGUAAUGGCAGCACGUAAAGAAUAUCAUACAGCAUGUAGAACCGAGAAGAGUACAGCUAAUCAGGAGAAUAAUGCUAGAGGAGAUGCUACUGUAUCACCAGACCAGUUAAAAAAAUUACAAGAAAAAUUACGCAAACUUACAAAUGAUGUUGAGGCUACACGAGAAAAAUACCAAGCUGCUGUUAAUGAUUUAAAUAGUUAUAAUGCUAAAUAUAUAGAAGAUACCACAGAGGUUUUUGAAAAAGCUCAAGAAUUUGAAAGAAAAAGAAUAGAAUUUAUAAAGAAAACAGCGUUUCAAAUCCACAAUUGUUUAGACAUCAGUAAUGAUGCCAGAUUCAAAAAAGUAUACACCGAUUUAUAUUCAGCAAUAGGUAAUAAUGACGCUGAUAAAGAUUUAAAAUGGUGGUCUGCAAAUAAUGGUGCUGAUAUGCCUAUGGCAUGGCCCACAUUUGAGGAAUAUUCUCCAGACCUGCAAUCUAUCUCAAAACGAGCUAAAUCUCAGAUAGUAACAGGAGAUGGUAUUACAAUAACUAGUAUUAGACAUCAGCGUGACAGCAGCUAUGAUAGUACAGGAGGAGGCAGAAACAGUAAGUCCUAUGAUCAACAACACAGUCAGGAAGCUCAACCAACACCCUCAACUUACACUAGUAGUUCAUCAACGCAUUACACAGAUAUAUGCAAUUAUUUCCAUUCUUCUUACAGUGAAGAAGCUGCUGGUAAUCCAUUUGGUGAUGAUUUUGAUGAACAAGAAGCAGAAGAUGAACCACCAGUGUCAGGUUGGACAGUAGAAGCUAUGUAUGCCUACGAAGCUACUGAAGAUGAUGAACUAAGUUUUGAUGUUGGUGAAGUAUUUUUACAAGUUGAAGCUAAGGAUGAAAUGGGAUGGUGUAAAGGUCGAUUAUCAAAUGGAAAAGAAGGAUUUUUCCCUGCCAAUUACGUUCAGCGCAAAUAAUAAUAAUAAUAAUAAUAAUGAACUUUGUGUAUUGCUCCAUCUCUAGAUAUAAUAUAGACAAAUACAAAUUAUAGAUCAUAUUAUUAUUAUCAAUUUAAUGUUUCAUACUUUCUAGAUCAUUUAUAUAUCUACAUAUUGGACCACACAAACACAUUUAGCAAGUUUAAAUUCUCUGAAAAAAGAAAAUGGAUUUCUUUGCUCAAGAGUUACUAAAAGUAGUUGUUGCUGAUUUGUUUUUUGGUCGAAAUAUAGUUAAAACCUUAUGGCUUUAAUGGUAAAUUGAUUUAAAUUCUGGCAUGUUUCCAUAAAACAAUCCUUUGGCCAAUUUUAGAGUGAAAUUUAUGCUAAAUAACUGGGUUGAAAAAAGAUCUUGGAUUGGAAAUGGACUAUUUUUAUGUCUACUUCACCAGUUUUCUUGACUUUUAAGCUUUUACUACUAGUAACAUUAUGUUAGUUUAAGUAUUUCUAGAAUAAAAAGAGCUAGAUGUUAUGUGUGAUCUGAUAAUGUACAAACUAAAUAAUGAUCUAUUCCAAUAACUAAUGGUGAUAGGGAUGUAUAUUAAUUAUAUUGUUAUAUAUUAGAACACAUAGAGGGUUACGUGCAAAUUCCUAAUUCUAGGUUUUUACGCAAUAUUUGUACACAUCAUUUAUCUAUUCUUGUCUCCCUAAUGCCAUUCCUGAAUUCCAAUGUGGAUUUUUUUUAGAGCUUUAGACAUUUGAAAAAGAAAUUUUCAGUAAAAUCAAAGUUCAGACUGAAUUUGUCCAAUCUUUUGGCAUUUUGGAUCAUUAUGGGAUUAGUUUCUUUUUUUUUUCAUUUUAUAUAUUUGUUUUAUCAUAUAGCUCUUCCAUUGAACAAAUUUUGUUGUGUUAAUUUUUUGUCAAAAAGAUUGUUUUUGUUAGUGAACUUUUGACUUUGUUAAACCAUGAGCCUGUUGGGCACUGCAUGCAGGUAUUAAAAACCGCAUUGAGGCAUGAACAAACAGUAUUAUUUGAAAGAAAAGUGCUUAUUUUUGCUGGAAGGAAAUGUCUUCUGUAAUACCUUGGUCUUCAGGGCAUGUUUCAGACCUAAAUAAAGCAAGUGAAGAAAAAAUUUUAAUUUUUAAACUGGCCGCCUUUUUGUCAAUUUCAUCAUUAAACAGUUGAUUAUUCUGUAAGGGUGUUUCUUCAAAAGCUGCAAUCAAGGCAUUUCCAUUAAUUAUGACACUUUCUCACCAAUUAACAAAUAUGUGCAAACAUUUUGUGACUAAAGGCUCAUGGUAAAAGCUUGUAAAUUGCUUUGAAAUUAUUAUUAAGUUAUUUUGUUGUUCUUAAAGAACUUAUGAAGCAAUACAUUUAGCUUUUUUGUAUUAAGUUGUUUGCUUUUGUAUCAAAAUUCUUGUGUAUUUUGAUAAUCAGAUGAAUUAGCAUUUUGGGUUGUUUUGGGACGAGAUACUGUGUUAAAGGGACAAAUAGGCCAUUUGUUUGACCAAUCAUACUUUAGUCUCAGAAACUGGAAUUUUUUAGCUGAUCUAAUCAGUAAUAGUAUUCACAGGUCACAGUCAAAAUUUGAGCCUUCAGAUCCAUGUUUGUCCAGAAUUAUCUGUGUUGGGGUUUUAAAGUGAAGGCUCAUCAUUUUAAGAUACUCUUUGAUAUAUAAAGAAAAGACAUAUAUAUAGAAAUAGUGAUUAAAAUUCCUAAUUUGAAGUAUUUUGAAAGGGAAGACUAUUUACAUGUACAUAUAUUCAAGACUAAAAUCAACCCUUCAAAAUGGCACAUCUGUCUCUUUAAAUUGGUUGAAUGGUAUCGGAUUGUAGAAACAGUUAAAAAUAGAAGCAACAAAUACACAAUGUACGGAUCUGGGGACAUGAUUGACUUCUAUUUUCCAUUGCAACAACAAUCCUGCCACAUAUAUACAGUAACUUGUCUCGUCUAUUCCCAUCUUUAAUCUGAUUAAGAGGCCAGUAAAUAUCACUUAUUUUGAUAGCAUAGAACAGCCGUAUUUUAGUAUUAACUCAAAUUUGCUGUUAAGCAUAACAAACAGUCUAACUUUUGAUGCAGCCUUGAAAAUUUAAAGAGUUGCGAAAGAGAUUUUGUAGGUUUUGUAUGUAUUGUUCCCUAGUCACUUGUGUAAAUGUUUUGAGAUUACACUUAAGUUAGACAGGAAUAGGUAUGAUGCGAAAAAGGGCUAGAAAACCCCCAUUCAAUCUCUUAAAUCAUUGCUGUCAAAAGUUAUGUAAAAAUGUGUAAAAGCCACUUAACUUAGAAGUAAUUUGU